UGCUGACGUGUCGCCAGGCCAGUACGCAUGCGCCGCCAGCCUGGAGCACUCAACAUGGCUGCAUCAUGGAAUCAGAUGUGUCUUUCUGUUUUACUGAUUACAGCCAUCAGCUGUAAGAAAGACCAACAGAAACUCUUCUCCAACUUCAAACGGUGCAUGGAUGCAGAAUGUAGCAUGCUGAUGUGUCGAGGUAAAGCUGUGCAGGAUUUCACAGGUCCCGACUGCCGUUUCCUGCGGUUUAAAAAGGGUGAAACGAUUUACAUCUAUUAUAAAUUAGCAGGGGAAAGGGACGAUCUAUGGGCUGGAAGUGUGGGGAGUCAGUUUGGAUAUUUCCCCAAAGAUCUUGUUGAAGUAAAUUUAGUAUACUCAACUGAGGAGGUGGAAUUGCCUGCUGAGGAAACUGAUUUUGCUUGUUUUAAUGAAGAGCCUGAUGAAUUUGAUUAUGUAGACCUUGAUCACCUGACACAAGCAAAUGGAGAAGCCAUGAUCAAUGAAGAGAAGUCAGAAUCGCAAAUCAUAGCAACAAAGAAAAGAGUUGAAGAUACUGGGCAGGAAGUUCCAGCUCCCAAAGUGCCUGAUAAUAAUUUGGGAGAAAAUAAAGCUAGAGACGAUAAAGAGGCAGUUAAUUUUGCAGACCGGAGUGUCAGUGACUCUCCAACAGGAAUUAAAGAUAAGGGAGAUGAAGCUGUAGAUAAUAUACUAAAUGAUGAACAAAUUCUUCACGUUGAAGAUGGAGAAUCUGAAGGAAAACCUGCUAAUGUGGGUGAAAAUGCUUUCUCUUUGGAAGAGCAUCCAACAGAAGAGGAUGGUAGUAGCCACGUUAAAGUGAGCGCACAUUUGGAAUCAAGUUCUCAGGGGCUUCAAACCUCACUUCAAAAAGAAAAUGAGGAUCUAAGUGUUGACAGCGAAGACACUAGAGUUUCUUGGAGUGAAGUUGAACUAUUAGAUACUGAGGAACAAAGAUCUCUGAAAGAUAAAAGGGAAGACAUUUCUGAACUUGAGGGAUCUUUGAAAUUAGAAACUACAUUUGGAUCAACAAUGGAUGCAAUUGUGGUUGAUGAAGAGAUGACUAGCAAGGUGACCGUGCUCGAUGAAGGUACUGUAUUUGAUUUUGACCUGCAGAAAGAUGAAUUAGUUGAGAAAGUAGAUCCUGAGGAGGUAGCUCUGCUAACAUAUUCUGAUAGUAAAUAUCAACAGCAGCCAAAGCUUCCAGAAGAAGACCAUUUCCAAGAUGAAGAUGUUGGUGAAGACCAUAUUGUAAAAUCUGAAGAAACUAUUGCUCAGGAUGUUAAUCUUGCUGUGACUCCUGUCAAUCCAGAAAAGGGGCAAUUAUUGGCUGAGGUAUUGGAAGAACUUGUCAAUAUUAAAGGUGAGGGUGAUAAAAAGCUUCAAGUGAGAAGUUCGGAAGGUGAAAACAGUCAAAAUGGAAGAUUGUGGACUACACUUAGUGACACUUUCAGUUCAGUUGUAAGAAGAGGUGAAACAACAUUAAAGUUUACAGCCCCUCUCCAUUCUGAUUCCAGAGACACUCAGAAAGAAACUAAUUACAGAAACACUGAAGAUUCAGGAGCAAAGGAUUUGAUAAAUACAUCAGAGAAAGAGGUUGAGGAAAAAAUUGUGAAUACAGCUCCGGAACGAAUAGAAAAUGAUAGAGUGAAGGAGAGGUCUAAUGAAAUAAUGCAACAUGAUGGAACUGAGGACACAAUUCAAGCUUUUGCCAGGGUCUCUGAAACUGAUACUAAUUUUGAAACACAUUUUGAAGAAAAUGAAGGCAAAGAGCAGGUUCAAGAUAUUAGGUCCAAAACUGAAAAUCAAAUGUCUGGGCUAGAGAGAAAGCAUGGAUUGAAAACAAAUGGCUCAACUUUUACUGAGGAAGCUGACUCUAAUGAUUUGUUAAAAAUACCAGAGAAGGAUGACCAGACCAGAAAAAUUGAACUGAGAACUCUAAGACAUCCUAGUACUGAAGAUAAACCAGGAGCCGUGACAAAUCAAGGUUCGCAAAAGUUAAUGCAUUUAGAACAAGAACCUGAAAUGGAAAAAUUGAUUGACUCUGAGCCAAAAUGGUCCAGCAAUACAUCUGUUGAGAUCUCACGUAGUGGAAAUGAAGAGUUGAAAUCACAAAAUCAAACCAAAUCAUUUUCUGUAGAGGACCUCAAUGGCAAAGAACCGCAUGACACAAACCACGCCAAGGAACAUCUUGCAAGCCCUGGAGCAAAUUAUGAGAAAGUAGAGGGCUUUGAAAUGACAGAUGAAGUAUUACAGGAUCUUGAAUCUGAUUUGACAAAGAAUAACCAUAAAGAUGCAAGUCUUUCAUUAGGUAGUAAUUCAAAACUAACUGAAGAUGAUAUUUCAGACCAAUUGCAGGAAGAAAAGAAGGAAGAGGAUAUGGACAUUUUGGAAGAACUCUAUGCUGUUGAUCAACCAGAAGAGUUGUUAGAAGAUGAAAAUGCUGCAGAAGCCAGAAUGGCACAAAAUACUCAUUCUGAUACCACUGAUCAAGAAGAAAGUUCAGAUGAUGACGAUUUGGAUGAUGAAGAUGUACUCUCGGAAGAGGAAAUUAAUACAGUGGAGCCAGAGGAUCAGAUAAACACUACAAAUAGCCAAAAAGAAAUGCUUGUAGAAAAGAACCAUGAAGAAGAACACCGCAAACUUGCUCAGAAUAUUCAAGAUGUGCCAAAUAAAAUUGAAAGCCAAAGAGAAUUAGAACCCCACCUUCGGCCUGUGGAAGAAAAUGCUCUCAAUGUGGAUAAUAAAGACCAGUCUCAGCAUCUGAAAGAUCUGUCUGAAAUGUCACAAAAAGUUGUGAGCAAGGGUUUCAAAACUGAGAGCACGGUGAAUGAGGGUAUGCAAUCGGAGACGUACUCCAGUGUUGAAACUACAUUAGGCCCCUCUGAAGUUGAAAGCAAGGCUAAAGAACCUGUUCAUCAAAGCACAGUUAUUAGGUCAGAGAACAAAGAUUCAAAGUAUAAUGAAGAAGUGGAACAACUUACAAUUUUGAAAGGCUACUUAGAUGAAAAGAGCUUUGAACGUUUGUAUGUGUAUCUUGAUCCACAGCAGGUUCUAGAACUAGAAGCUGUGCUUCAUGACUUGAAAGAGGAACUAAGCCUUAGCAAGUUGUCCAGAACCAGUGAGGAAGACAUUGAAAAAACUCUUGACCAAAUAUUGGAGGGAUCUGAGACAAGGAUUCUUGAUAUGGUGGAGAAUAUGUUAGAUAAAAGAGAGAACCAGUGGCAGGCUGAGGAAAAUUCACACAGCGAUGGGGAGUCAAUGCUCUUGAGUGAUCUCCAGGAGCUUAUAUUUCAAAUAAGGGAGAAGUCCUCGGGCAACAAUGAGAGUGUUGCACUCAUUCCUGAAAUGGAAAUACCACAAGAAGACAAAGAUUCACCCAAUGGAUUAUUACAGGGCAGCAACCAGGAAGAUCAAGAGAGGCAAGCUACUGAAGCACAACAAGGAGAGAAGAAUAAUGAUGAGCCAGUGAUAGGAUUGCAUUCUCCAGUCUUGAGCAACGAUGCAGUACAUUCAGCGAGAAACCAGGAGGAAGAUGAAGGUGAAAAGCCAUGGAGAAAAAUGCAUUCUGGAAACCUUUCAGAGAAUGCAGCCUAUCCAGAGAGAGAGGAGGAUGAACAGACAUUGAGUAGUUCAGAGUCUGUCAAAGAGACAGAGAAAAAGCAUCCAAUUUCAGAGACCAUGACAGGCCAAGACAAGAAGGAACCAGCAAUUAAACUGUCUUCCUCGAAUAUUACUGAGGUUGACCGAACAGCAAAGGAUUUGAAAGGUAAUGAAGAGGCUCCAGGAACAGCAAUUCCAAAUUUUAAAAGGACGAUAGAAGAGAAUCAGAAAGAAACUUCUGAAUGGAGCAAGUUCAAAGAGCGUGAGGGAGAAGGAUCUUCUCCAAAUGUUGGAGGGAAAUCGGAUGGUGAGGAUGAGCCUUGGACAGAACUGAAUAUCCUAAACAUCAGUGAGGGAGGAGAGAAGCUUCCGAAGGAACCUUCUGUUGUGACGUUUGAAGAGAACGUAGCACAGUCUGAUGAAGAAUACACUGCAGAGGAGAGUUUGCCAAAAGGAAAGCAAGAGGACGUGAAAGUUCCAGCAGGAGAAGGUGCUAAAUUUGGCCACUUGGAGACAGAAAUAGAGACUCCUUCCAUCCUGGACAACAGCGUGAUAAUGGACACUAGUGAACUUCAGGAGAGAGGUCCAUUCCUAUCGUGGACCAUCACAGUGAUGGAUGUUAUUGUCCUGUUUAUCAAGGGUAAUGUGCGGCCUGUCGUUCAGUCACUCAUAGAGCAUCUAAUGUCCUCUUUGCCUGAAGAAAUGAGGCCAGGUCCUGAUUUCCAUGGAGUUCCCUGGGAGCCCAUCUUGAUGACUGCUAUUAUAGGAAUUGUUACUUUUGUCAUCCUUUUAUGGAGAACCUGCCUUUCAGUGAAGAGCAGAAAAUAUCAAAUGACUGAAAAACAGCUAUCUGAGAAAAUCAAGCAGCUUAUUCAGGAGAAGACUGAGGUCUUGGAGAAAAUCUCCACUUAUGAACAGAAGCUGAAAGAAGCCAAAUCUGCCAUUGAUGAAGCACAGGAUGUGAAAUCAAGUAUGUCUGAUGAAACUAAAGAACUUAAGCUGUCUUGUGUGGAGCUCGAGCAGGUGAACCUUCAUUUGGAGACACGUGUGAAAAAUCUUCAAACGUUGUUAGAGAAAGAGAAGGAGGAGACAGCUAAACAGCAGACUCUGAUUGCCGAUACUCAGAAAUCUGUGAAAAAAUUACAAGACAUUAUUUCAGCUCAUUCAGCAGAACACUCUCAGGUACAGGAAGCUCUUUUAAGUUCCAAAGCAAAUGAAGAAAAACUACAAGUGGAUCUUCAGUCUAUACAAGAAGAAAAUCUCAUGCUUAAGCAGAGCAAACGUCAGCUGCUGCAAGAGGCGGAAGGCUGGAGUGAGCGACACAGUGAACUUAAUGAGCAGAUCAAACUCUGUCAGAAAGCUCAGAGAGACCUGGAGGAAAUGUUGGCUUACAAGGACAAUGAAAUUGAGGUAUUGACAGACUGCGUGAUGCAGCUUAGGCAACUUGACACUGAAUCUGACAGUGAAGAUAAUGGAUGGGAUAAAGAAGUGGAUGGUGAAGUGGCCAAUGGCGAGCUACCAGACAAAAGUAAAAGGGUAAAAAUGAAGAUUCAGCAAAUGAUGGAUGUUUCAAGGGUACAAACCACCUUGAAAAUCGUUGAAGAAGAAAAAGACCAUUUCCAAGCCAAGCUGACAGAUGAAAUAAAAGCUAGACAUGAACUGGAAGAACAAAUUAAGCAGCUUGAACACAACUUUGUAGCGACUACAACAGAGAAGUCGAGGCUUGAGAAUGAAUUUAAAACCAUGCAACAGAAGCUGGAGAUCCUGUCUGAGCUCUACCAUCAAAAGGAGAUGGCCCUGCAGAAGAGGUUGACUCAAGAAGAGUGUCAGCGUCAAGAGAAGGAACUGAAACUAUCUGCAGCUGAUGAAAAAGCACUCCAGGCUGUGGAGGAAGUGAAGAUGUACAAACAAAGAAUUCAGGAGAUGGAAGAAGAGCUGCAUAAGACUGAGAGAUCUUUCAAAAAUCAGAUUGCUGCACAUGAGAAGAAGGCUCAUGAAAACUGGCUAAGUGCACGUUCAGCUGAAAGAACGCUCACUGAAGAAAAGCGGGAGACUGCAAAUUUGAGGCAAAAGAUGAUUGAAUUGAACCAGAAACUUUCCCAGGUCCAAAGACCUUCGAUAAUUAAGCCAAUGCCAGGUAGACCUGAUAUUCACGGGCCCCCAGGAGCACCCCCACCCCUUGGGACAGGGCGCAGAGGUCCGCUUUCUCAUGAUGGUUCCUAUGGGCCAUCUCCUGUAAGUGGUGGAGCACCUUCACCACCAUUGAUGAUGGAGCUCCCUGUACGGCCUCCUUCAGUUAAUGCAGGUCGUGGCUUCCCACGGGACCGGGGUGAUGGAGGUGUGAGUGUUCCCCCAAGGGCUGUACCUCCUCGUGAUUGGAUUAGUUCUGACCGGUUGGGACCAUCUUCUGAUCAAGGUUCACCUCCACCCCAGUGGGAUAGGAGGCAAGGUCCAGUGGAUGGCUAUUCUGGACCACGGCGACCACCUUCGGAAUCAGGUGUAAUGUCUGGACGGAUUUCUGGUUCAGGUGAAAUCCGUGGGCUUCCACCUUCUAACAGAGCAGAAUUGGGGCGAGGAGGGCCUGUACAACUGGCAAGUGGGCCAAGGACAUCUUCACCAAAUUUGACAGAGUCUCCAAUGCAAGUUACUGUUGCUAAACCUGAAGAUCCAGUACCUUUGUCUAAACCAUCCUCCUCUGAGCAAUCAAAGACAGCAAAUGCUACUGCUGUUCAGGCAACACCAUCUUUUCCUGGAACACCUAUUAUGAAUUCACCAAUGGGUCGAAUACCUGUCCUUGGACCUCGACCUGGACUACCACCAUCAUCCAGAGGCCCAUAUGGACCAGUCCCACUCGCGCCAACCCAUUUAGUGCGUGUUCCUGCUCUCAGAGACUACCCUCCAGGCCCGUUCCUCCCUCCAGGCCCAUUUCCUCCACCAGGUCACAGACCUUUUCUUCCUGGGCCUUUGCUGCCGCCACCACCACCACCUCAUGCUCUGAGAGACUUCCCACCUGGUGCCAGGGAAUAUCCCCAUGGACCAAGGAGCCUUCCUCCUGGUCCAACACCGCCCCCUGGCAGCAGAGAAUAUCCACCUGAACCAGACAACCGCUCAUGAUUUUAUAUAAGCAUUGAGGCCAGGCUUUCAACUUGACUGAUCGCUCAUCGCAGGCAGUUGUACUCUGUAAUAUGUCAAAAGUAUUCCAUUGCCAUUGUAAGGAAUAAUGUCACUAGCAAUGAUCUGAUUAGGACAUGUUUAAAAGAUAAUUUCUGAAGAAUGCCAUCUUUCCACAUUAGUGGUUGUCAUCCUUGGGUGACCGGGUCAAAUGUAGUCAGUGAUGUAUAAUUCUUCAGCUUGGUAACUCUUGGGAGUUCCAGUUUUGGAAAAUACAAAUUUUGUGGAGAAUGUCAAAAAAGAACUGCUGGUUACAGACUUAAACUUCAUGAAUUCUGUUUGUUGCAAUGUAGCCACUCUGCCAAUCAAAGGAAUUAAUUGUGCAAUAUUAGGGUGCCUGUGUCUCAUGUAGUGGUAUAAAUCUUCUGCUAAUCUGUGACCAGUGUUUUGAGGCCUUUAUUUUAAAAUGGUUGGGGGGAUUUUUUUUCCUGUGGAAAUAUCAACUGAUCAGAGAGCUGCCUGAUUGAUGUAGUCAUGGCAAUGCAUUUGUAAUUCAUAUUUCACAAUCAUCCCUUUGUCUCAGCCAGUCCCUGAUUUCUAUUAAGGAAAAGCAAACAGGAAUAUGGUAUAUAAUUAAGGCCAGAUGUAACUUAUUUUACUAUUGAGAAAAUUUAUUAAUAAAGAUUAAAAUUACUGGGUUGUUAAUGAA